CCUCCUCCCUUCUCUCUUUGCGCGGCCCCUUUAAGUCCCCCCCCCACUCCCGGCUCCGCGGGAACCGGAGGGCGGGGCUUUGGUAGCGAUAACCAAUCAGCGAGCGGCAUUUUCCGCGGGAAAUCCGAAUUUCGCGGCACGGCGUUUGGCGCUUAAAGGGAGGAAGGGAGAGAGGAAAAAAAAGAAGGGAAAGAAAAGGGCACGGGAGGAGGGGACGGGGAAAGGGGGGGGGCUGGUACCGAACCGAACCUCCCCCGGGCCCAUCCCGUUACUCCGGGCCCAACCGGCUCCAUCCGAGCCGAGCGCGGGCGAUUUUGGGUCAGAACGCGCCUUUUCCGUCCGGUUCUACCACCGCCCCCCGCCUCCCCGCCCGCCUCUCUCCCUUUUGACUUUCGGGCUGUUCUUUCUCCGCUCCCAUCGCCCCCCCCAGCCCCGAGAUGCCGCCGGGGACGUUGUGACCCACAUCCCCCCCAUCUCCCAUCGGUGCUUUGUUCCCCCCCCCCCAUUUCUGGGGUCUCUCGCACGCACCCCGCCAUGCUGCGGCUGCCCCGGGGGCUGUCUCCUGCUGCGGGGGGGGGCACGACCCUCCUGCCCCCCGCUCCCCAUCAUCGCCAUGCGAAGAAGGCAGCGAUGGGAUCGGCCGAGCAGGGGGAGGCUGCGGUUGUGGGGAGCCCCCCGGUGCUCAGCGCCUGCUGCAGCCGCCCCUACCCCCUCCGACCCCACGCCACCCCGCAGGGACCCCCCCAGCUCAGGACGCUCCGAUCGGACUCGGCGGGACGGCUGCCGGCCAAGCGCAAACUGGACCUGGAGGGCCCUGAGCUCCGCACUCCAAAGGGAAAAGGCAGGACGUUGGCACAGGUCCCCAGCCCCAGAACCCCCAAGUCCCCAGGUGAGAAGACACGCUACGACACCUCGCUGGGGCUGCUCACCAAGAAGUUCACCCUCCUGCUGAGCGAGUCCCCCGAUGGAGUGUUGGACCUCAACCGUGCUGCUGAGCUCCUGGAGGUGCAGAAACGCCGCAUCUACGACAUCACCAACGUCCUGGAGGGCAUCCAGCUCAUCCGCAAGAAGUCCAAGAACCACAUCCAGUGGAUGGGGACGGGGAUCUUUGAGGAUGCGGCGGUGGCAGCCAGGCAGCAGGUGCUGCGUGGGGAGCUGGCCGAGCUGGGCAGAGCAGAGAGGGCUCUGGACCAGGUCCUGCAGGAGUGCAGCCUGCAGCUGCGGCAGCUGGCGGAUGAUGGAGCCAACCAGAGGCUGGCGUACGUCACCUACCAGGACCUCCGUGCCAUCAGCAGCUUCCAGGAGCAGACAGUGAUUGCUGUGAAGGCCCCCCCAGAGACAAGGCUGGAAGUGCCUGACCUCAAUGAGGACAACCUGCAGCUGCACCUGAAGAGCACCGAUGGUCCCAUUGAGGUUUACCUGUGUCCAGAGGAGAUCCCAGAGGACAGCCCCACCAAGGACCACGAUGUCCCCUCCAGCACCGUGCUGCGGGACAACAGCACCCACCCCUCCGUUCAGAACGGCCCAGAGCCCCCCAUAUCCCUACAGCCGCCUGAUGGCCACCGUGCCCCAUCCUUAUCCCCAUCCCCUCCCCUCUCCAGCCCUUCAGAACCCCAGUCAAUGCUGGAGGUGGACACAGGAUUGCUGGGCUCCCCCCACCACCUCCUUCAGCAGACAGAGGACCAGCUGCCCUGCACUCCUUCCUACCUGGACUCUGUGCCCUUCAUCCCCUUCUCACCCCCCCUGGAGCAGGACGAAUACCUCUGGGGGUUGGAGGGUGGUGAGGGGGUCAGCGACCUCUUUGAUGCGUAUGAUCUGGGUGAGCUACUGAAGGACUGAACUUCUGCUCCCCACUGCUCCAUCCCUGCCCCACAGCUGGGGAGGGGGGCACAGUGCCCUGGGUGGCUUUGCUGGGGGAUCUGGGGGUCUCCAUCACCCCCGCUGAUCCGUGGGCUGCUGGCAGACCUUUGGGUGCUUGGGUACCCCAGGCCUUUGGGUAUGGGGUUUGGGGGUACCCACCUAGUGGCAAUGGGGCCCCUGCCAGAAGGAGCUGUGUUGGGGAGUGGGGAGGGGGUCACGUUUUGGGGGCACUCCAGUUGCUCCCCAGUUAAAGUGGUGCUUUGGGGUGGUGGAUGCUUGUUUGGAACAGCACCUCCUUGGGCUGGAGCUGAUGGUCAAGAGGUGCUGAGCAGUCACUCCCUCUGCCAUCAAUGAAACAUCCUUAAAGAAUAAUGAGCUGAAAUGGAGGCAGCUUUUCUUCAAGAGGGGGAUGCUCAACUUGGGGGUGGGGGGCACUUUGCCCUGCAGCCUCUUAAUACAGAGCCAUGGGCAAAUGGAGCAUCCGUGUGCUCUGAUGGUGCUUAGGGGGAUGGACACUGGGGGCUUAAUGGGGCAGAGGGGUGGCAGGUGGUACCUGCAUGGGGGGCAGGAGCAGUGUCCCAAACUGCAUCACCCCCCUCACUGUGGAGGCUUCAGCAUCACUGGGCCCAGCCUGGGGCUGUGCAGGUUUUCCCCUGCUUGGAAUCAAGCUGGGUAUGGCCAUAUGGGUUUUCUCCACCCUGGUGAUGUGGGGUCGCCGUGGCCCUACUAAACACAAAGCAUAAACCCCAGGGAAGUCCUCCCCAUUGAAAACCGUGUGUUAAUUAUUGCACUGUAUUUAUACAGGACCCACCUCCGACACGGCGCUGUUGGGGGUUCAGGAUUCAGUUUUCGAGUGUAUUUAAGUUGUCCUUUGUGGGUUUGCUCUGCUGCAGUUUGGUUGGGAUGCGGUGUGGGUGAGAUAUGUGUGGCACGUGGUGUUCUCUGCCUGGGAGGGGAUGAAAGGAGACGAAAUAAAAGUUAUCCAGCAAAAUACCAGCUGUU